CCCCAUUCCCCCAACUUGCGCCCCGCUGCCGCCCCCUCCGCUCGCCUCGCCCACCACCACCACCACUUCCACUGUUUCCUCGGCCCUCUCCGUUCCGCCGCUCCCCCCUCCGCUCUUUAGCUCUACCUCGACCGCCAGCCCUCGCCGGGCCCCGCGGCGCCCGUGCAUCCUCCGCCGGCCACCGCCCGCGCACAUCCCCCCUCUUUGUCCCAGCGUCGCCUGCUUAAUCUCCCGCCCGUGCCGUUGGGGAGGCCGCGCGCCGGCCCGGCCUCCCCGCAGAAACAUAAACACGCAGGCCCACGCGCCCAGCGGCCGAUCUGAUGACGCCCAGUGGGUGGUCGGCGAUCUGCUUCAUGACCCCCGGGCCUUCAACACACCCUCCAUGACUUCGCAAGGCAUGCCCAUUCAAGCGCCAUUGGUCGCUGAUUUGCCCGCAGGUGCCGGCAUCCCUGGGCCUCCUCUCUCGCCCACUCGCUCCGAGGGCCCCGGCCGCGCUAGCCCCCCGCGACAGACAGUCCCUGGACCUCCUCAUGGGUCGAGCCCCGGCCUUCGGCGCCAGCCGUCACUACGGUCUUCCUCCAGUGCCCUGGUGUACAUUCCUCCCCCGGCAGCCACUGGGAGAGAGGGGAUUCGGAUCCCCUGCUCCUUCUUCCCUCUCUGCGCGAAUGACCUGACCACGGUCAAGUCCAUUUGCUCCGGCUGCCUCUUUCACAGCUACCGGCUUGUGCGAUCCAGCGAAGACGCAUUGAAUGAGCAGCGGCGGCAGGCCAUCUGUAUCAUUGCUCGUGGCUUCGGCAAUUUCGACGCCAAGCAGGAGGGAGUCCUGGCGGCGGCGGCUGGCGCGCAACUUCCCGCCCGUGGAGGUCCCCCAUCCUCCCUAGCCCCGCUCAUUUUGUCCUUCUGCCAGUUCCCGGAGCCGGUGUUCACAUUCGACCAGUACACCGCCGGGUUCAUGGGGCCCAGUCGAUGCGAACCCAAGUGCCGCCUCCCGGUGCCGGACUACCCGGCGCAGGUCCGCUGGCUGGCCGGCGAACCGCUUGGGCGUGUCCUCCUCCAGGAUCAAGCCAUCCAGGCUGCCUUAACUUCGGUGCACCAUCUGCGCCAGAACCUGGCCCGGCGAGCUGAGGCCGUGCGCCAGGAAAAGCAGCGCCUCCGAGAUCGGGUGGGGGCCUUGCGCCAGCGCCGGCACAGCUUGGCGGCUGCCGAGCUGCUGCUUGCCGCCCCCGGUCCCCGACCGGCCCCAGCGCCCGACACCGAGACCCUGGCACUUCUUCAGACCCAACGCGCUCGCCUGGCGGCCGAAUUGCACGACCUCUUCCCCCUGAAGCACCACUCCUCGCCGGGAAAUCCCGGCGCGGUAUUCCUACACAAGUGCUUUGUCCGCAUCGAUGGCGACAUUUCCGGCCUCAUGGCUUCGGAUCUUGUGUACAUGCUCCAAUCCGGGACCCACCUGCUUCGACUGCUGUAUAGCCUUCUGGUGGUCGACACGACUGGGCUGCCGGUGAGCAUUGUCAGGAGCCUGGCCUCGCCGAGUGACCUCCAGUGGAUUGCCUUCGAUCCGGCCGCACGGAACUUCGCCAUCGACUCCGCGGGCAUUCACGCGGCCUUUGGCCGCUUCAACCAUGCAUGUGCGGCCCUGAGCCUGGCGCUUCGGCGACCGCUGAUUAUCCAGGGCCAAGAGUACUCCCUGGCCCGGGGGGCUGAUCUCGGCGUCGAGCAGGCUGCCGUGGACCACAUUUAUCCGCCUUUUCUGGCGGAUACGUGCCGCAUUGACGAGCGCCGUGCCGGCCUCCUGGUCCUCUUCCGCAUCCUUGGCGAGCUGAAGCUUGGUCUACUUCCAUUCCGGACAGUCGUCCGCGGAGGGUCCCUCCAGAUGCCGGAGCUGGGGGAAUGUGCCAUGCUGGACUUCCGCAAUCCGCUACACCCGCCACCGGUGGAUUACAUCUUUUUUGACGAGUCCACCGGGCCCGUUACCUCCACCUGGUCGUACAUCUCGGCAUCGAUCGACAUCCCGCCGGAGGAGGAGCGCGCCUUGGCCGCCACCUCGCCCGGUGGCACCGGCACCUCGUCCGUCAACCACGGCGGCGGCGGCAGCAGCAGCAGCAGCAGCUGGCGUGCCUCGCGCUCCGGCGACUCGCUCGCCCGGGGCCUGGCCUCGGUCGGAGGGAGGCUGUUCUCUGUCGAUCGCCAGCCGGAUGUCGCGAGCCUCCUGCCCGAGGGUCCGACCGGAUCAUCGCCACACAGCUCCGGCAGUUUGCUUUACUCGGCCCAGGGAUCGCCUCUCAUGUCGGGGUCCGCCUCCUCGGCACCGGGGUCGCCCCCAUUGGGUCCUGGCCGGCCAGCCGAUGCCCCAGGCGCAUCGCUGAACCCGGGGUCCGACAGCGACUCCUCCUGCUCGGGCGGGGUCCUCUUUGAUGUGCCCUCAUUAGAUGUCCUCGUGGCAGAUGAGACCACGCCGGCUGUGAAGUACACCCCGCUGCCGGCCAGCCACGGGGAGGACAAUUCCCUUGCCCGGGGGCUCAAUUCCUUGGCCAGUCGAUUGUACCAUUCGGUCGCCUCACCAGGGGGGGCCAGCCUGGGGGGGGGCACACAGCCUGGUGGCGCUGGCGGGGGCUCGGCGGCCGGUCCGGGCAACCCCCGGCAAAUUGUCGACGGCCUGGCCCGGUUUUCGGCCAUGCUUGGCUCGCUGUCCCUGCGGCCAGGGACCGAUGGCGCAUACCCCGACCAUGGGGCCAAUCCGAGCGGGUACCUGCCACCCGAGCACCAGGUCGACGAAUCGCUCAUCCUGGACCUGGACGAUGAGGAGGAGGAGGAGGAGGAGGCCGGCGAGGCGGGCUUCGGCCCAGGUGCCGGCCGACCGGGCUCGCUGGACGACCUGUUCGGCAUCAGCGCCCAUCCGCCAGACACCCUGGGGUUGGAUGCCAGGCCGUCGGGCUACUCCCUCCAAAUGCCCUCCCGGUCAUCGACAACCCAUGACCCGCACUAUGAGUACCUAGUGGAAAGCUUCCAGGCAAUGCAGUCGCACCAGUUGACGCGACAGUCGCAGGGGGCCGCCACGCGACAUCCCCCGCCGCCGGGUGGCUCGCCCCCGGUGUCUCGGCAGAACCCGAAUGAGGAGGACUGGGACGAUUUGGGCACCUAA